AUGUCAGUUAGAUUACCACUGGGGCAAAUAUCUAGCUCAAAACUGAACGUAUUGAGUCAAGAGAACAAACUUCAUCAGGGGAAACGUUCUGUGAGACCACAGCUAAACACUCCUUCUAAUAGUCCAUCGACAGAAUCGUUCAACAAUUCAGAAAUUUCAUUAGCAUCAGUCCUAAACACUCAAACUUCAUCCAGCCAGUUCUACAGCACACCACCUCAAGCUCUACAUGACGUUAAAGAAAGGAUAAACAACGAAUUAACAGAAAAGAACUCAAAACUGACUGAUGAAAAUAUACUUAGACUUAGAUCAAGGGUUCAGCUAGCGUACUAUAAGUACAGAACCAAACAAGUGCACCUGAAGUUCUCAGAAAUAGUAAGUCGCAAGAAACAGUCAGCUAACAAGAUAAGGAAACCCGAAAAUGACAGGAAAUCCAGAAAGUUGGCUGGAUUGAAUCCGGCCAUAGAAGCUACUUCAAGAACUAAUAAUAAUAACAAUGGGACUUCAAACUUGGCAGUGUGCUCGCAACAACACAUCCAAUGUAUCACACCGGAGAAAAGGUACCCGGCAAAACCAUACGCAUCAACAUCCGCGAUCUCAUCCGGAUACACACCGGUAUCAGUGAAAGCAGCUAAGUCACUACUACAAAUGUUCAGCACAGGUGCUUGA